AUGGCUUCACCAACAUCUGUAGACCCACCGCGAUAUCUGCUCGUCUCGCACGGCCAGUCUCUCAGCAACCCCGCUGCGCCCGCAACCACCUCGCUCAGCCACCCUGUCAUAGAGUACCACUACGCUGAUGACGCUCCAACCUCGCUCCUACCGCAGCCCAGCGAGCACGUUCUCGUCCUAGACUACGAUCCCGCACGGCCUGCCUCCCCGACCGUUAAGAGCCUGUCCCCUGAUCUCGCCAUCUCUGCUGUCAAGGUCACCGAUGCCCCUGGGGCUGCAGUUGCUGGGGAGCCUCCGUUCCGGAGCAAUAACAACAUGUAUGUCAUUGAGACGACUACAAAACCAAUAGAGAAUGGCCUGGAUAAUGAUGAGCAACAGUCUGUGCACGAGGUCCUCGCCCGUUAUAAACAGAGAAAUGCUAUUCUCCGUCGUAUACUUGAUUAUCCUGCUGCACCGGCCAUUCAAGAGAACUCUACUUCGCCACCGCUGCUUACGACGUCCCCAUAG